AUGGCCAACCACAAAAGCAAUCAAUGGGACAAACUACGGCGCGCGGGAGCUUUUUUAUUUUAUGUUAAGCGGCCCUUUAUGUGGUUUAAGGUUUCUUCCGAAACUAAAUCGAACGUAUCGGUUUUUAGACUCAUCAAAAGAUGUUCACCAAGUUAUGAAGCAAAAAAUAAAGUGUUGACAGUCAAACUGCCAAGAUAUGUUGCUUAUAAACCAAGUCAAGUUAACAAAUUUUCAGUCCAUCUUGACAGUUCAGCUUACGCAAGAGUUUGGCUUGCACCCACGCACAAAAAGUGGUUGACUUUUAACCUUGCAAAAGUUAGCGAUGAAAAAAAAUUAGCAGUUGAGAGUGCUUUUGCUCGAUCUGAACGAAUUGCGGAUGUCUGCUAUGAAUGGUGGCUGGAUGUGAUGAACAAACUUCCAUACGCACCAGUCUGUUCUGCGGAAGAAGAAGUUGCGACCAUUCUCAGUUACCCACUUGCAUUGACCGGUCAACGCGUGGGACUCGUCAAACAGUUCAAGCCAUACAGUAAUAAAGUUCUCAAUCAAAAAAGAAUCAAAGAAAUAUUUGAACCUAAACAAUUCAAGAUAAAAGAAAUUAAUAAAUGCACCAUUACUGAUUCAGAUUUGACCACUAGCACGACUAUUGAUACCACACCACUGCUGGAAAUAUUAUUUGGCAUUUAA